AUGUCCCAAGACCCACAGACCGCAAAAGCGCACGCCGACCGCGUCAAAGCCGUUUCGCAGACGGUCCGGCAGUACUACGAACAGAGCGUCCCUUUCCGCAUCUUCCAUGGCUCUUCCAACUCCACACGGGCCGCUGCGCGAGAGCACGUUGUGGAUAUCUCGGCGCUGGAUCACGUGCUGCUUGUGGAUAGAGAGUGUAUGACGGCUCUUGUUGAGCCGGGAGUUGCGAUGGAUAGGCUGCUUGGAACACUUUUGCCGCUUGGGGUCAUGCCUGCUGUAGUUCCAGAGUUCCCAGGCAUCACCGCAGGCGGCGCAUUUGCAGGUACUGCAGCAGAGAGCUCUUCUUCCAGACAUGGAUACUUCGACAAAACCGUCAAUGAGAUCGAAAUUGUCCUAGGAAACGGCGACGUCGUGCUCGCCUCGCCAAAGCAUAAUGCGGACCUCUUCCACUGCAGCGCCGGUGCAAUGGGCACCCUAGGUGUUACUACGCAACUCGAGAUCCAGCUGAUAUCCUGCAAACCUUACCUGGAAGUGACUUACCACCCCGUCACCUCGCAAGACGCCGCACUUGAACACUUCAAAAACGUACCUCAGGAUGUUGGUUUCACUGACGGCAUCAUGUUCUCCUCCAGCCAUGGCGUGAUCGUUGAAGCCAAAUUCACCGAGAGGGAAGAGAGCGCCGCUCCACUCACACGCUUCACCCGCGCCCACGAUCCCUGGUUUUUCACACACGUGCAUAGAAAACUGCGCUGCUCACUACAACUUGACGAAGGCGACAGCGAUUUCUUCUGCUUGACCUGCCACUGGACGCAGAACAGCUACGCGUACCGCCAAAAUAACCACGACCGCGUUGAGCUUGUGCCCAUCGAGGACUAUCUAUUUCGUUACGAGCGGGGUGUUUUCUGGAUGGCGUGUUAUGGAUGGGCACCGACAUUGUGGAAUAGGUUCACGCGAUACUUCUUUGAUGCAGUGUGGCAUACAAGGUUUCAAUAUCGGGUUCUGCAUCUGACGGGUGGAGCGCCGCAUAUCAUUCAGGACGUCGCCAUACCAGAGGAUAAAGCCGGUAACUUCCUAGAGUUCAUGAAAGAGAAGAUGAAGCUGUAUCCGCUGUGGUUGUGUCCAAUUAAACAUGACCCGAAGUCUUUAAUGCAUACGGCGACCACGGACACCGGACCGACUGACUAUCUUGUCAACGUCGGCAUCUGGGGUAGCCCAAAUUAUGGGCUCGAUUACCUCACAGCAGAGACCUUUGAUAGGUUUGUUGCGUACAAUCGUGCUUUGGAACACAAGGUUACCGAGGUUGGGGGUUUGAAGUGGUUAUAUGCAACGAACUACUACCGGGAGGAGGAGUUCUGGUACAUGUACGACAAGGAAAGUUAUGAUGAGCUAAGGAUCAAAUGGAAAGCAGAUAGAUUGCCGAGUCUCUGGAAGAAAGUUCAAAGGAGUCAGCAGGAUGUGAAGGAGGUGCCUUUAAGUAAGGUGUUGCUAGCUAUUGUGUAUGCUGCGCUGGGCAUUGAUCGAUUGAUAACGUGA